AUGACACAAAACAAGACCUUUGUUUACAAGAAGAUCCCCACCGGUCUCCCCGUUGCCGGCGAGCAUCUCGUCACUGAGGACCGACCCAUCGAUAUCGACUCAGCUCCCGAGGGUGGUGUUGUCCUCGAGGUCCAGUAUGCCUCUUUCGACCCUUAUCUGCGCGGCAAGAUGCGCGACACCACUGUCAAGUCUUACGCUCCCGCUUUUGAGAUCAACGACCCCAUCAUCAACGGUACUCUAAGCAAGGUCAUCAAGUCCGACAACUCUGAGUAUGCCGAGGGUGACCUCGUCACUGCCUACCUCCCCAUCUCCGAGUACGUCCGUCUCGACAAGGAGACCAUCCCCAAGGUCAACCUCCGCAAGGUCCAGAACCCCCACAACCUCGAUCUCGGCCUCUUCCUCGGCCCUCUGGGUAUGCCUGGUCUCACCGCCUGGUCUGGUCUUCACGAGAUCGGUAAGCCUAGGAAGGGCGAGACCAUCUUCAUCAGCUCCGCCGCCGGUGCUGUUGGUCAGAUCGUUGGUCAGAUCGCCAAGCGCGAGGGUCUUACUGUUAUCGGUUCCGUCGGUGACGAUGCCAAGCUCGACUUUAUCACCAAGGAGCUCGGCUUCGACGCUGGUUUCAACUACAAGAAGGAGUCCCCCAAGGAUGCCCUUCCCCGUCUCGCCCCCAACGGUAUCGACAUUUACUUCGAGAACGUCGGUGGUGACCACCUCGAGGCUGCUCUCACCAGCUUGAACAACGGUGGUCGUAUCCCCGUCUGCGGUCUCAUCUCCGAGUAUAACACCCCCGCUGAGAAGCGUGAGGGUGUCAAGGGUCUCAUCAACCUCAUCGCCAAGCAGAUCAAGAUGGAGGGUUUCCUCGUCGCCCACCCCCAGUUCGGUCCCAAGUACUACAAGGAUCACCAGGAGAACCUCCAGAAGUGGCUCGGUGACGGUAGCGUCAAGGCCAAGCUCUUUAUCACUGAGGGUAUUGACAACGCUGCUGAAGGUUUCAUUGGUAUGCUCGAGGGCAAGAACUUUGGAAAGGCUGUCCUUAAGCUGCGAUAA